AUGACUUUAAUUGACCACGAUGAUAGUUCUAAAGGCGGGUUGUUCUUGAAUGGCUCUAUUCAUUUUCUGGUUUAUAAUUAUGAGACACUAAAGGAGGUUAUUAUUGCCUUUGAUUUAAAGGAAAGGAGAAUGUCUGAGAUAUCUCUGUCGGACGAUUUUAGGAUUUAUAGUUUUGUUUACGGAGAAUACGAUUUGUUGGUACUAGAUGGGCAUAUCGGUGCAUGGAUGAAGGAUGAUCACACAUUGAAGAUAUGGAUGAUGCGAGAAUAUGGCGUGCAUUCAUCUUGGACUAAGAUUAUUGAAUUUUCUGCCAGUUCUGUUUCGCAUGGCUUUUUUCCAAUAUGCCUUACGAAGUGUGGUGAUAUAGUUGGAACAGAUAGUUGUUAUCAUCAUUUGGUGAAGUUUAAUGACAAAGGACAUCUGCUAGAGGAUAACUCCUGUCAUAUUUUCUUCUCAUACAGAUCCGAAUCAGUGGUGUAUACAGAGUCUCUGCUUUCACUACCGGGUGACAUCAGGCCAGUUUAA